AUGGAGAGGGUGGGAGGGCACACGUUUGGGUUGCGCGGAGAUGUGGCCGGCAACGUGGGCAUUCUCAACGACGGGCGUGUGGUGUACCCGGUCGGGUCGAACAUUGUGCUGCACAAGCGCGGGUCCGAGACGUCGCCGUCGGGUGAGAGUGGAUCGUCGCAGGCUUUUGUGGUGCGUGAGGCGUCGUCGCAGGGCGGCGGAAUUACGGCUAUGGCUGCGCCGCUGACUGGCGACUCGCCGAAGCGGUCGGAGCGGCUGAUUGCCGUGGCUGAGCGCGGGAGCCCGCCGGUGGUGUAUGUGUACGACUUGUCGUACACGCACAAGGGCAAGAAACCGCGGGUGUUUGUGGGCAACAACAUCGAGUCGGACAGCUUUGUAUGGGUGGCGUUUGACGCAGCGCAAAAGGCAAUGAUCACGCUCUCUGGUGCGCCGGACUUUGUGCUCUCGUACUGGCAGCUGGACAAGCCGUCUGCGCCGCCGCGGGCGUCGGUCCCUGUGACGACGACCGGGUCGGAGACGGCGACGAUGGCCUCGUUCCAUCCGACCAAGUCGGACAUGGUGGUGGUGAGUGGUGCAAACCUGGUCAAGAUGUUCAAGCUUCACAAGGAGGGCUCAUUCCGCAACAUGGGCCCCUCGCUUGGAUCGGGGCCGACCAAGGUCGAGCUCGGCAAGUAUCUCUGCCACGCAUGGCUCAACGACGAGACGCUUGUGCUGGGGACGGAAUUGGGCAAGAUUGCGGCGGUGGUCAACUCGGAGCUGGUCACGGCCUCUCUCCCGUGUUCGCCGUACCACAAGAUGGAGGCUGUGCCAAUUUUCUCGAUUGUGCCGUUCUCGAAGGGCUUUGUCAUCGGGACCGAGGGUGGGCGGAUUGUGAUCUACGAGGCCGAAGCGCCGUCGUCGGGCUCGGAGCUUGUUUCGCGCGGCUUCUCCGACGUGGCCUCGCUCGAGCUCCCGUCGCACAAGGCGGUGAACCACAUGGUCAUCGGUGGGCCGUCCGACUCGGACCUGGUGGUGACGACGACGGCGUCGCAGCUGUACAUUCUUCCGGAGUUCUCGACCUAUCUUGUCCGCGACGAACUCGCGUUUGUGCCUGUCUCUGCCUCGUUCCACGCAAGCGUUAUCACCGGGCUCGACACGUGCGUGCGCAAGCCACUGGUGGCAACGUGCUCGCCAGACCGUUCUGUCCGCAUCUGGAACUACAUGAGCAAGACGCUGGUGGUUGCGGCGCACUUUAACGAGGAGGCGCACUCUGUGGCUCUCCACCCGUCGGGCCACAUGCUCUUGGUCGGCUUUUCGGACAAGCUGCGGCUGAUGAACGUGCUGGUCGACUCGCUGGAGACGGUGCACGAGUUCCCGGUCUGCCGGUCGUGCAAGGAGGUGCGGUUCUCGCACGGCGGACAGUACUUUGCGGCUGCGCGCGAGAACAACUUUAUUCACCUGUACAACACGUACACCUUUGAGUGCUUUGCGGUGCUCUCGGGCCACGACGGACGAGUCCGUUCGAUCCAGUGGACGCCCGACGACUGCCACAUCCUCUCGGCUGGGCAGGACGGAGCUAUCUACAAGUGGGACUUUGUAGGCGAGACGGUCCGCGGCGAGGUCCACGUCCGCAAAAUCUGCUCGUACUCGUCUGCGGCGCUAGCACCAAACGGUAACCUAGUGUACGCGGCGGGCUCGGACCGGCUGCUGAAGGAGAUUACUGUCGACGGGCGCGAGGUCCACGAGCUCGACACUGGUGGAACGACUUACACCAACGUGCUCGUUGCGCCAUCGAACCGGAUGAUGUUUGUCGGGACGGAGGACGGGACGGUGCGGGCGCUCAAGUAUCCGUCGCCGACGGGCGAGUACCAUGAGGUAGCGUUCCACGCCGAGGGCGUGACGCGGAUGGCGCUCUCAUUCGACGAGCGGUGGCUAUUCUCGGCCGGCGCCGACGGCUCACUCUUUGUGGCCGAGGUUCACGACUCGGGCGCUCUCGGGUCGGCGCUGGGCAGCGGAGGCGCCGGCUCGGGCCCGUCGUCGGCGGUCGAGUCUGGACUCGGAACCGGCGUGGUCGGCCUCGGGCUCGGCGGUGGAGGUGGACGCGGGCUCGCCGGUACAGCGCCGGAGAUGCAGCUCGACUUUGCCACCGAGGUCCUAGUCACGCCGGAUAUGCUCAAGGCCAAGGACGAUGCGUACGCGCAGCUGCAGCACACGCUCAAGACGGAGCGGACAACGUGGGAGUUCCACGUCCGCAACAUGAAGGAAGAGCGGAACAACAUGGAGAAGGAGCUGCACCUCAAGUACCAGCACACCAACGACGAGCUCCGCGAAAUCACCUUUGCCAUGCGGCUGGAGAAGGACCAGCAGAUGCAGCACUACGAGGAGCAGAUCCACAUCCUCAAGGAGAACUUUCGGCGCGAGCUCGAAAAGGUGCGCAAGGAGCAGGGUGACAUUGCGCUCGCCUCGCACCGCAAGUACGAGCAGCUCGAGGCGCAGAUGCACCGGCAGGCCGAGCUGUUUGAAAAGGAGAAGGAGCGGCUGCAGCAGGAUCUGCAAGAGGCCUCGCUCGACCUUCAGGCCCGCCACCAGGCGGCGAUGCAGGAGAAGGAGGAGGCGCUCGCCAAGCUCGAGCAGAAGAUGAAGCAGCGCGAGCUCGAGUACAUGGAGACGCGGCGGCAGAUCGAGGAGGAUGCCGACCAGGAGAUCCAGGAGCGGAUUCAGUUCUUUAAGGACCAGAUCGACGACCGCGACAACCGCAUCCUCAAGCUCAAGGGCCUUGUCGGCGUCAUGCGCAAGGAGUUUACCCAGCUCAACAAGGCCAUCGACGACCAGCACGUCAAGACGCAGCAGGCCGAGGACAGGGCCAACGCCAACCGGACCGAGACCGAGUCGGCCAAGAAGCAGAUCGACGACCUGCAGAAGGAAAUCGACGAGCGCAACGACACCAUCAAGGACAAGGAGAACCGCAUCCACGAACUCAAGAAGAAGAACCAGGAGCUCGAAAAGUUCAAGUUUGUCCUCGAGUACAAGAACAAGGAGCUCAACAAGCAGCUCGAGCCGCGCGACGCCCAGAUCAACGAGCAGAUCAAGCAGAUCAAUCAGAUGGACGCCGAGCUGGAAAAGUACUACAAGAACAACAUCACCCUCAAGCUCACCGUCGAGAACCUCGAGCUCAAGGUCAAGGCGCUCGAGAAGGAGAUCUCGCACAUGCGCUCGCGCCUCACCGACGCCCACGCCGUGACCAAGCGCUUCCGUACAGACCUCCACGAGACCGUCCAGUUCAUUCAGGAUCCCAAAAAGCUCAAGGAGCGAGUCAAGAAGCUCUACCAGAAGCACGUCACCCUCCAUGUCGAGGAGGCCCGCGUCGACGUCGACAUUCAGCGCGAGAACAACCGCCAGCGCGAGUACCUCGAGCGCUCCGUCGCCUCGCUCAAGCGCAAGCUCAACAAGGACGCCCAGCUCCACCGCGCAGACUCGGCCCGAGUCAUGCAGGAGAACGUCGCCCUCAUCAAGGAGAUCAACGAGCUCCGCCGCGAAAUCAAGCAGCUCCGCGCCCACAACCGUUCUGUCCGCUCCUUUGGCGCCUCACACCACCCGUACGGCGCCUCGUUUGCCGGCACAGACAACGGCCCCCCGCCGUCGGCCUCGGCCUCGUCGCUCGGCGCGUCCACCCCGGCCGCCCGCUCCCGCGCCACCGCUGCAGAUGCUGCUGGCCGCCGCAAGCUCCGCCGCGGCAUGUCACCCGGCUCGCUCACCGCCCGCAAGCAGCAGCAGAUGCACGCUCACCCGCCGCACUCGUCCGCAGGCUCGGCUGCAGCCGCAGCUGAGCCAGUCACCGGCCUUCCGCCGGUCGCCCCGCGCUCGCAGCAAUCGGUGCGCUCCUCGUGGUCGCGCGGCUCGAACCAGUGA